AUGGAAGUCACAUUUGAAAGCAUUGGCUCCACAGUGUUCACCCGUCGAAAUGUUGAAGAAUUCACUGAUUUUCUCACAGAAGUACUCUGCAAAACAGAUCUGAGGAGCCUGAUAACUGAAGAUGAAGUCUGGAAGGGAUUUGUGGAAGCAGCGGAGUUGUCAAGCGAGGAGGAAGCUGCACUGCGUGAGGCUCUGAAGGAACAUUUAGCACAGGAGCCCACAGAUGAAGAUGACAGACCUCAAAGGGAGCAGCAGAAGGAGCAGUUUUUACAAGAGUUUCCUGAGUUGAAAAAGAAACUAGAGGACCAUAUCAGGAAGCUCCGAGACCUGGCUGACCAUCUUGACCAGGUGCCUGAGGACUGUACCAUCUCCGAUGUGGUGUCCAGCUCUGUUGGUACUGCCUCUGGAGUCCUGAGCCUCCUUGGUUUUGUUCUGUUACCCUUUAUAGCAGGGACCAGUCUGGUACUCUCAGCACCUUGCAUGGGAAUAGCAGCAUUUCUGAUUAGUUUUAUGUUCACCCUUGUGGAAGAAUCAAUCACACUAUCAAAUAAAUCUGAAGCCAGUAGCCUGGUUGGAGCCAGCAUGAGCAUACUUGAAGAGAUUCUAAAGACUGUGCCUAAGAUCACAGUCAAGCUUUGUUAUACAGGUUUGGAAUUAGUUAAUGCCUUCAAAACCCUCAAGGAUCAGAUCCGCGCCAUCAGGACAGCUAGAUUCACCUCUUGCCCUGGACCAGUGGCCAGAAACCUGAUAUCCACUGGAAGAAGCUCUGUGCAAAGUGUUUUCCCCAUGACCAGAAGAGCCAGGAUUAGAGCAGGAGGGUUUACAAGUUUCUUCCUUGCCUGUGAUGUGUAUCACCUUGUGAAGGAAUCUGUGGAUCUGUAUGAUGGGGCAAAACCAGAGUCAGCUAGAGCACUGCGAGACCUAGCUCUGAAGCUGGAGGAGAAGCUGCAGGUAUUUGAGCAGAUCUACAAGACUCUGCAGUCAGACCUGGCUAAGUGA